UUGUCCUUUAACCUUUAAUUUUUGAUAAAGUUAUUAUCAAAUAAUUGAAUUUUAAGAUUCAACAAUAAGUGCAUUACUAAAAUGGCUCUGUCCAAGCCUUUCAUGAGCGCCCUGUCCUUUUAUUUUGGACAACUAUUUGAGCACCCCAUCAGAACUAAAUCCUUAAGUUGUUGUGUUAUAGCAGCAGCCGGUAAUUACGCAUCGCAACAGAUCGCCGGCAAUAAAGUCUUAAAUGUGCACAGCAUUGCGGCCUAUGCCAUUUAUGGAUUGUUGUUUGGGGGCACCAUCCCCCAUUACUUCUACUUGGGUUUGGAGCAUUUGGUGCCGGAGGAUGCUUCGCUGGUUGUGCUCAAGAAGUUGUUCUGCGAAAGACUGAUUUACUCACCCCUUUAUCAAGCUUUUACUUUGUAUACAAUUGCACGAUUGGAGGGCAAGGACCAUAAAACUGCGCUGAGACAACUCAAGAGUCUGUACUGGACUGUUUUGACAACCAGCUGGAAAUACUUGACCAUUAUUCAACUGCUCAAUCUCAGCGUUGUGCCUCCCAUACUCAGGGUCCUUGUGGUCAAUCUCAUAGGAUUCUUCUGGACAAUCUACAUCGCAAAUAAAAGGCGUCAGCAACAAGCCAAAGAAAAAAAAUAAUCUAGUUUUGUUGAACAUUAAUUACAUUAAGGGUGUUUGGUUUUAUCUUGUUGUUAUUCUUUAUUACUUUUCUAUUCCAAAGCAUUUUCUAUUGUCAGUAUUUUUAUAAAUAUAAAUGUUUAAAUUUAA